UGGUUGGCUUAUUUCUUUUCUGAGUCCUUUUUAUUUUUGGAAUUUCGAGUUUAUGUAGUGGUUAUCGGUUUUGUAAUAGUUAUGUUAAAAUUAUUUUAACCAUUUAUUUAAUUAGGAAUGAAAGAAAUCAAUCAUUUCUUUCAUAUUUGUUUACAGAUUUGUGUUAUACUGAUUCUUAUCUUUAUAAAAUUUAUCUCUCUUUUAACAUAUUCAAUGGAAACAAUUGAGGUCACCCCUAUUGCAAAAUUGCGUCCUUACACUAAAGCGGAGAAAAUAAAGAUUUGUGUCUGUAGGAUAUGGAAAUCUAGCAUUUCUGCAACUGUUCGCAAAUACGUUACACUACAGUGUAUCUUGGUUGAUGAAACAAACAAUGCGGUUGAAGCAUCUGCGUCAGACAUCGAUUGUGAACUGGUAGCCUCAAAGAUUGAUGCUGGUAGUUGUUACGAAAUCAUGAAUUUUCGCACGAUCAACAUCAGAGGACAGUAUAAAGUGGUGCCGCAUGAAACCCAGAUGUGAUUGGCCAUAUAACUGCGGUCCAGCAAUUGGAAUCAAAACAGAUUAAUCAAAGAAUAGUGCAGAAGUGUGAUAUACACAUUGAGAAUAUCAGGUUGUUCUUUUCUUUAACUGUUGCAAUUCCAAUUUGUUAAUAUCAUUUUCUCUGUUAGGCUGGGAAGAAAAUUUAGUGUUUGUUUCUCAUUUGUUUUGUGCACAGAAAAGAAGAAUUAUCUGUUACAUUGUGGGCAGAUAUUGCAGAAGCUUUUUGUUCUUUAUCGAUCCACAAGUUGUCUUUGCCGAUUAUUGUUGUAUUUACAAGUUUAAAAGUCAAGAUUUACCUAGAGAACAUCGUCUUGAAUAGUACUGGCUCCUCCCUUUUUUUCAUCGACCCAGACAUCCCGGAGGUUAACUCAUAUAAAUCAAUGUUCUCAACCUGUAAAGUCCCUGUAAAAAUACUGCCUCCUUCUUCAAGGCAGGCAAAUGAAGCUGAAAUUCUGCGUACAGCAAGAAGAGUAACAAUAGAUGAGCUGGCCUUUUUGGAUCCUGAUUUGUAUAAGAAUGAUACAUUCCUAUGUAAAGCAUCUAUCAAACGUUUUGACACACGUUAUGAUUGGUGGUACAAUGCUUGCCCUAGCUGUGCCAAACAAAUGCAUAAGAACCCGUCGACUGGACAACUCAUCUGUCAGAAACACCCCAACCAAAUUCCAAUACCAUGGUACAAAGUUAAUUUGAUUCUUGAAGACAACACUAAUGAAAUUAGUGCUUUGAUAAUUGGCAAAGGUGGAGAAAAACUCUUUGGUAUGCCCUGCAAAGAUUUGGUCAUGAAUCAGAGAUUGAUUGACCAACAACAACUGCCAAAUGAGUUUUUGCGACUGAUUGGACAAAAGAAGAUUUUCCACUUGCGAUUCGGAAAUAGAAAAAAUAGUUUCAACUCAAGUGACGUGUUGGUUUACAAUGUGUCUAAUGAUACAGCUAUAGAACCAAUAACUCCACAAAUCUUACCAAGAGCAGUCACAUUAUCUUCCACUACUGUAUUAUCUUUGACCUCACCACCUGAAACAAGCGGAGAAUCACAUAAACGAAAGAGGGAGUCUGUGAGGAAAGCUCUUUUUACUGACAGUGAACAGAGUGAAGCAGAAGAAAUUUCAGAAGUUGACCCAAAAGAAUUUGAUGAAAUACCUAUCAAAUUGCUGAAAAAAAAUCCACCUCCAGCUUCUGCAAAAACAGAUAGUACCUCCAAAAAUUAACUGGGUUGGUUUCUCAAUGUUAACAUUGA